GGAAAACUUCAAACCCAAACGCCUCGUUCCACUGCCAACGUUCUCAGUGGUCCUUAACCAGCCGGUGAAACCCAUACCUGUGCAGCUGGGGCAGACCUUUUCUGAUGCAAUGGGAACUAUGCCGUGAGGACUGGUCAGACUUGGCCGUAGCCAUGACGGAGCCCCACAGGGUUUCGUUCACCACUCUCCACGGUCCACUGAGCAGCAGCUUCUUGAAGAGGUCUCGGAAGGACGAUGGAGAGCAGCCCCAGGACUCUGAACCGGCUGCAACAGCUGUUCGAAUCACACUCACUCUCUUCGAGCCGGAUCACAAGCGUUGUCCAGAGUUUUUCUACCCGGAUCUUCUGAAGAGUUGUCGAGGGAAGGUAAAAGGUGGUUCUUCGGGAGACAAAAAGAAAGACCCCGCUGAUCCCUUUAAUGAUGACGAAAAGGAAAGGCAUAAAGUGGAGGCUCUUGCUAGGAAGUUUGAAGAAAAAUAUGGUGGCAAGAGACGUAGGAAGGACCGUAUUCAGGACUUGAUUGAUAUGGGGUACGGAUACGACGAAUCUGACUCCUUCAUCGAUAAUUCUGAAGCAUACGAUGAGCUUGUUCCGGCUUCUCUUACUACGAAGUAUGGAGGGUUUUACAUCAACUCAGGAACACUGCAGUUUCGGCAAGCGUCUGAAUCUGAAGAUGACUAUGUUAAAGAGAAGAAGAAGAAGUGUCCCAAGAAGCGGAAGUUGAAAGAUGGAGGUGAAAAAAUGAAGAAGAAGAAGAAGGAUGAUUCUUACGACAAGGAAAAGAAAUCCAAAAAGUCCAAGUUCCCAAAAGCUGGCUUUACGGCAUUAAAUGCAAGUAAGGAGAAGAAAAAGAAGAAAUACUCUGGCGCUCUUAGUGUCAAGGAGAUGCUGAAAAAGUUUCAGAAGGAGAAGGAUGCUCAGAAGAAAAAGGAUGAAGAGCAGAAAGUGGUGACUCCUUCACCGGCAGAACCUCCAGCCCCAAGGGAGGCGGAGGCGAUGCCUGACCCUUUGCUCUCACUCUUCGGCCAUGCCAGUGACAACGACCUGCUUCAGGCAGCGACGGCUAUGGACUCGUUAACUGACCUAGACCUGGAGCGGCUCCUCAGUGAAUCCCCAGAAGGGAGUCCCUUUCCUGAUGUGGAGGAUGGGAGCGAUCCUAUUGGGAUGGGCUUGGAACAGGAUUUCAAGCAACCGCCAUCGCUCCCAGAAGGCCUGCCAGCCCCUUUGGAGAAACGCAUCAAAGAACUGGCUCAGGCUGCCAGAGCUGCAGAAGGAGAAGGCAAACAGAGGUUUUUCACUCAGGAUAUCAACAACAUCAUACUGGACAUAGAGCUGCAGACCCGGGAGCUGAACAGCCAGAUCCGGUCGGGGGUGUACGCCCACCUGGCUGCUUUCUUCCCGUGCAGUAAGGACACUCUGGUCAAGCGUGCCCGUAAGCUUUACCUCUACGAGCAGGGUGGCCGAUUGAAGGAACCUCUACAGAAGCUAAAGGAAGCCAUUGGAAGGGCCAUGCCAGAGCAGAUGGCCAAGUACCAGGAGGAAUGCCAAGCCCACACUCAGGCCAAGUUUGCCAAGAUGCUGGAAGAGGAAAAGGACAAAGAGCAGCGAGAUCGAGUUUGUUCUGAUGAUGAGGAGGAUGAAGAAAAGGGAGGGAAGCGCAUCAUGGGACCGCGAAAGAAAUUUCAAUGGAAUGAUGAAAUCAGGGAGCUGCUUUGCCACUUGGUGAAGAUUAAGUUGGAUGGUUAUGACCUUGACAAGAAUAAGGCUCAGUCUCUAGAGGAUUAUGUGAAGACCUUCCUAGAUGGAGAGGUGAAGUCCCUUUGGCCAAAAGGCUGGAUGCAGGCCAGGACACUGUUUAAGGAGAGCAGGCGUGUACAUGGACACCUCACAUCAGUCCUGGUGAAGAAGAAAGUUAUAGCUCCUACUAAGGUGAAAGUGAAGGAAUCUUCCUGCAAGCCCGAUAAAAAGGUGUCGGUUUCUGUUCCUUCGAUGCACUCAAGCAGCACCUUAGCUCUGUCUUCAGAGCCCCAGGGGGGGGCUCUGGGCAUCAGUGCCCAAACCAGAGAACUCUUGUCCCUUGGGACAGCCCAAGCGGCCAGCAGCACUGGCACUCCUGCUACCUUCAUGGAUGACUCCUUGGAUGAGGACUUAAUUCACAAUCCCACUUCCUCCCUCGAAGCAGUCUCUAAGGAACUGGCUGUGCUGAACAGCAGAGCGGGAGGGAGCCCUGACUUUACUCUUUCUGGAGCUCCAAAAGCUCCACCAGAGAAGAUCCCAACUCUUACAUCCUCAGAGGAGAAGAGGACAUUUCCAAAGUCCAACCCUUCCCCUACAUCAUCCUCUGGUUCCCUCCAGUCUCCUCUAAAUUUCCUGGCUGAGCAGGCCCUGGCAUUGGGCCAAUCUUCUCAAGACAAAAAGACAGAGAACUCUAAUUACAAAGAGCUCUCCUGCCAAGCCUCCCCCAGCAAAAUCCUUCCUGAUGCACACCAGGCUAAACAGAAACACCACAGCCUGGUCCGGCCAAGCCACGGGCCUCAGACCUCCACCCCAGUGCCGGGUUCUCAGGUGAAGGUCUUUCACUCAGGCAGCCAGCUACAGAAAACUUUCACCUCCCCGGCUCCGUUUGUCAAACUGCAGAAUCCCAAGUCCUCCUCCCCACUGCCCCAACGCUCCCUCCUCCAGCAGGUCAAGUCAUCAACCAAAGCUCAGAGCUUCCAUUCCUCUGCGUCACCGGGCAGCACCCAAAAUUCCGGCAGCUCCCACAAGAGCCCAGGCUCAUCCUCAUCAUCUCUCAGCUACACAGGAAAGCACUCAAGUGGCUCUAGCUCUUCAGGACAGUCUUACAAAUCACCCUUCGUUUCUGGUUCCCUCUCCAAGCACGGGGCUUCUUCCAGCAGCUCCUCAUCUGGAGCUUCUGCAAACCAGGGCUGCUCCUCUGGGAGCUUGCUGCCCAGUGUGCAGACCCCUUCCUCGGGCCAGGUGUCCAGCCGCCCGUCUUCAAGCUCCUCGGUGAAGAAGACGCCCGUUUCGCAGAAGCUGACUCUUGUGGCACCUCCUGGAGGUUCAAACGGAGAUUCUAGCGGGGGCACUCAAGGAGUGGCCAAAUUGCUGACCUCCUCCCUAAAGCCAGCUGUUGUUAGCAGCACCGCAUCUUCUACCUCUGUGCCGAAAGGAACUAGUGGAGCUGUGCUGCUAACGAGUUCUUCCUCCUUAAGUGUACUGGCUCCAUCCUACAAGUCCAGCAAUCCAAAGCUGCCAGCUGCCCUGAGCUCCACCCCAUUAGGUAUUAUCUCUCCUAUUCAUUCCUUCCCUCUUCAUGUCAUCUCCUUCAGUUCAGACUCCUCCCCAAAAGCAGGAGUAUCAAAGGAUGCAAUAGUUACGGGACCUGCUCCAGGAACUUUCCACCAUGGCCUUGGCCACAGUCUUCUAGCUGGCUUGCACUCCAGCCCCCACCAUGCAGCGCCACUCCCACAUUCUGCCCUGUCCACUCAUUUACCGCAAAGUUUGCCAGAUGCUUCUCAGCUUCACGGCAAAGGGUCCAAUGCACAGCAGCGCAAGUUGUGACGUCUGCAAGGAGGGGAGCUAGAGCACACAUAGGAUAAAACCAAGAGGAACAGGUCAUGAACUUUGGAU